GGCUUGGCUUCAGAAAGGCGCUAACAACCAUGUCGAGCAACGAGGUUUUUCAGACACAAUUAUGUACAAUUAUGGAUAUAUUCGUUGAAUCAGCAGUAAGGGAGGUGUCGAGACUCCUAGACGAGUGCUUUGUUGCUGUUAUGGAAAAUGAAGAGAAUAGUUUGCUAAAGAGAGAAAUGACACGCGUGAAUAAAACCAACACGAGAAAGUUUGCAUCAUUCAUGGAGGUGUUGAGUAAAACCUCGACAGAGAAAAUAGCACUGCUAACGUACGUGGUCGAAUCGGAAGUGAGAGUAGUGGAGAAAACAGCUGAAAACAGGCCUCUCCGUCGGGCAGGAGCGAGGACGGAAGAAAAACCACAAAGGGAUGAGGGAUCUGUCUCUGAGUCUAAUCAUCAUGAUGAUCAACCUGACUUUGUCCCCCUGUCCUCACCUGCAUCAGAUGAGGAUUCGCUCCCUCAGUUUCAUCCACAAGACGAGGUUGAUCUUGAACCCCUGGCCCUGUCUGCAACAGACCAAGACAAACGAGACAGGCAGCCCUUCAGCUGUUCUCAUUGUGGAAAAGAUUUCAAGAUGAAAUGUUUAUUGAAUAAACACUUUCGGACCCAUUCAAAACCCUAUAGCUGCUUGCAGUGUGGGAGAUGUUUUAGCUUGAAGAGGCGGCUUGAGGAACACUCCAUGACACAUUCUGGAGAGACACCCUUCAGUUGUGCCGAUUGCGACGCAGUGUUUCGCCAGAAACCUGCUUUGCAGUCACACAUGAAGCGUCACAAAACAAAGACAACGGUCACAUGCACAGUUUGUAAAAAAAAGUUUCUAGGGGAAACAGGACUAGAGAGGCACAAGUGUAGUGGUGAUGCACAGAAGACAUUCAGCUGCUCUCUUUGCCCAAAGACCUUCAAGUGGAGACGAAGACUGUUCGAUCAUGAGGCUACGCAUUCAGGGGAGAGGAAGUAUUGUUGUGAAACCUGCGGCAAACUUUUCUUUACCACUUCAACCUUAGCUGUCCAUAAGAGGAGUCAUAUAGAAAAGGAUCAUAGCUGUACUGUAUGUGGCCAACGUUUCAGCGAUGCACCUGCUCUCAGAAAGCAUAUGGUGGUCACCCAUCCUGGAGAAACAAAAGAAAAAUAUUUUGUUUGCGACGUGUGUGGCAAAUGUUUUGGCCGGAAGUGCCAUCUCAAAAGCCAUAUGACUCUACACGGGGCAGAGAAACCUUUUUCUUGUGAUGUUUGUGGAAAAAAGUUUAGUCAAGGUGCUAAUCUCAGCAGACACAAGAGAACUCACACAGGCCAGAAAUUGUAUUGCUGUGACGUUUGUGGUAAAAGGUUCACCCAGUCCGGAACCCUGAAGAUCCAUAAAAUAAGGCACACUGGUGAAAGGCCUUACAAGUGUGAUGUCUGUGAGAAAGCCUUCUUUGAACCUUCCUCCCUCCGGAGUCACAAGAGACGUCACCUUACACUUCAGGAAAAGCUGCAGUCUGGCUCAAAGCUGCAGUCUGGGCCAGUUCAGCCGUCUGGGCCAAAGCCAUAUGUCUGCAAUCAUUGUGGUAAAGCCUUCUAUGUGAAAGUUUCUCUGGAUCAGCAUGUGCGCAUUCACACAGGAGAGAAACCGUUCAAGUGUGACGUUUGUGGUGAAGGUUUUAGGUAUCAUCAUUCACUUAAAAUUCACAAGGUCACUCACACAGGGUUGAAACCAUAUUACUGUAAAGUUUGCGGGAAAGGGUUUAUGUACAAUUUCCUUAAAGUUCACAUGCGCACUCACACAGGCGAGAAACCAUUUGAGUGUGAUCAAUGUGGUAAGAGGUUCAGCCAGAAAGGUCAUCUAAAAUCUCACGAGCGUGUGCACACUGGUGUCAAAGCAUUUGUGUGCAAAGACUGUGGGAAUGCCUAUGCCUGUAGACACAAUCUAAAAGUCCACAAGUGCAAGUACAACUGGAAACCAGCUCCUGGAAACAGUGCAGAGGAUUACUGAAGAAACAGGUCUAAGAUGAAUGGCACAGGGCCUCUGAAUAAUAUGGCAGUGUGAAAAUGUUGGUGCUCAAGAACUUACUAAACUAAAUGAAAAAACCUCAAGGUGUUUACGUUGAAAAUGUGACAUUCCACCUUAGGAAAAAUCUAAUAUUUUACAAUUGCAGUUAGCUUUGGGCUGUUAAGUACAUUUAAUUAACCUCUAUAGUCAAGCUUUUCUACUUGAAUGUUUAUACUUAAUGAGUGUUAUUGUUUCCCUUUAAUCUGUGUCCACAGGUCUUCCUUUCUUAGAAAAAAAUGCACAAUAACAGAAGAUAAAAUCACUCAGUUAUGGGUGAAUUGGGAGAGCGCAAUGGUCCUCUUGACGAACUGGUACAGAGCCAGAUGAUAUAAGGCAACCACAUGUAUCAGCAUUUGGCAACACUUUCUGAACACCCUCUUCUUCCUUUUUGUCAGCUCACAAGAUCAGAAUUUUUCACUGUUUUAAAUACUUAUGACCAAUUUGGUAUGUUUAUUGUUCAAACAAAUUCCACAAAAUAGAGGCCCUUGAUAGGACCGCAUUAGAUGUCCUAUGACAUGCUCUUCAUUUUACUGCCGAUGGUGGGAACGUUUCUGCUCGCUCGCUUGUUUCCUAUCGGACAAUAAUACAGAGUGGGAUAAGAGGCCCUCUGUGAUUCCGCCAGCAAGACCUAGCUAGAACAAGAGCCAAUUUAUGCUUUAUCUGAAAUUGUGGUCGGAGGCUACGUAUAGAUGGUGUAACUCAAUUGCAGUGACUCGAACAGUGGCAACAAAAAUACGUGGGAUGCAUGCCAGCUAAGCCACAACACUAAACAAUACAUUAAUUGCACUAUAACGGUGGCAAACAGUGCUCACAAACUGUUAUGGCCUACAUAAAGCUGUCCCAACAGCAGACCCAAAGCCUUACCAAUGCUACACCUGGCUAUCAGCGGAGCCUUGUCUGGCAGCGAAACAGUUCAU